AAACAAAUAGACUUAAAUUCACGGUAAGACGCGAAAAAAAAAAGACAUUAAAACACGCGUUUUAUUUGUAAAAAAGGAAAAAAGCUUUGCUAUUUGUCAUCAAAAACGUAGUUUAAAAAGCUUAUUGUUCAUACGAAACUUUAUAUCUUUUGCUUUUACACCUUCGUCGUUGGUUCAUUAACGACUCCAAGAAUUCUUUGUAUACCUUAGUACGAAACAGUCUACAAACUAACAAACCAAUUCAAGUCUUCCGCUUCGUUGGCUUUAUAUUCAUCCUUUGGUAACUUGAUAGGAGUCUUUUGUAAUGGAUGGUGAGGAGGACGAGAAUUUGGAUGAGCUAAUUGCAAGCGGACAACUGGAUGAGCUCGUCCAAAAAGAAUAUGUAGAUAAGGAAAUGAUGACACAAUACUACAAACAUUUGUUUCCUUGGAAACUAUUAUUUCAAUGGCUCAAUCACGGAGUUAUUCCUUCAAACGACUUUACCCAUAGGGAAUUUGCGUUCACUUUACAAAAUGAUGCCUAUUUGCGUUACUUAUCGUUUCCAACUUUUGACGAUCUGAAAAAAGAAGCUGUACAAAUGACACCCAGUCGGUUUGAGAUUGGGCCAGUUUACAGUGCAAAUCCCCGCGAUCGCAAGACAUUAAAAAAAGCAUCUUUUAAACCUCUUGAGAAGGAGUUGGUAUUUGAUAUUGAUAUGACUGACUACGAUGAUGUCCGUACUUGCUGUAGCAAAGCAAAUGUCUGUCCAAAGUGUUGGCUAUUUAUGACGGUCGCAAUGAAGGUUCUUGAUACAACGUUCAGAGAAGACUUUGGUUUUGAACACAUUCUGUGGGUAUACUCAGGUCGUCGAGGCAUUCAUGCUUGGAUUUGUGAUGAGAAAGCACGACAGCUUGAUGACCGUGGACGAAGAAUGAUUGCUGGAUACCUACAAGUAGUGGUAGGAGAUGUUCAAGGAGGAGUUCGUGUGAAUGGGCUCAAACGACCCUUACAUCCUUUCAUUUCACGAUCAUUAGAACUUUUGAGCGAGAGUUUUGCUCAGACUAUUCUUCGGGAACAAGAUCCGUGGCGUUCAGAAGAAGGUGCUGAACGACUGUUGAAGGCGCUGCCAGACAAAGGUCUUGUUGCGGCAUUACGAAAAAAAUGGUCUGUUGAUCUUGAACGGCCAAGUAUCAGCAAAUGGGCAGAUAUCGAUUCAGUGGCAUCGGCCGGUGUUUCAAAAACACUUGAUCCGGUGACACUUAAGAACGCGAAACAAGACAUAGUACUCAGUUAUAUGUAUCCGCGACUUGAUGUUGAAGUGUCUAAGCAUCUAAAUCACUUGCUUAAAUCCCCCUUCUGUGUGCAUCCAGGAACAGGUCGAAUUUGCGUUCCCAUCCGCAUGGAGGACGCAGGUAGCUUCAACCCAUUAGAGGUUCCUGUUUUGCAAACAUUGUUGCAGGAGCUUGACGAGAAAGGCGAUGUGGAAAAAACCAGUCUUAACUCUUAUAUUUCACAUUUUCGGGGGUUCUGUAAUCAGUUACUAGCAGAGACCUCACGGAAAAAGCGCAAACAGGGAGACAUGACAUUCUAAAAGGGUAUAUUCAAGUUACAAUAUCCAUACUGCUAAUCACAAAUUGUGCCAAAAAUGUUAAAUAAAAAAGUAAUGGAAUUUUAAUGAUGUUAAUGAGUGCGAGUAGCAUAACAUGAUGCUUACUGCUUGUCGGUAUCAGCUUUAGUCGAUGUGAUAUUGUCUACUUUUGACUCUUCUGAAUCUUCAUUGAGAGUUGUUUCAACAUGCUCAGCAGAUUUUUUUUCGUCAUCCAAGUCAGUCACACGGUCAACUUCGUCCCCAUCAAGCUCACUUGCUGUAGUACUAUGACUUUUCGGUUGAAGUCCCUUCCGUUUGGGAAUAAUUUCCAAAAAUGCACGUUCCCAGUCUCGAUAUUCGAGCCAAAGCGAAAGAAUUUCAAAGACUUGAUUAACAGUUAAAAUCUUUCUGUCUGACAUCUGAAUAUACUGUCCGAUGGGAAGACGUGCAGUUUUGAUUCCUUGCUUUUCAGCUUUAUCAUUGCAAAGAUUCUUAUAGCGAUUCUUGUCAACAAUGGCACCAAUAAUAUAAAUUUUGUCCUCAUCCAACUCUGUGAUAUCGUUUUCUGAGUCAGCAGACAAGUACACAAGCUUAUCUUUUUCCUC